AUGUCAGAUAUUCGCCGCGAACGAAGCUCCUCAAAGCGUAAAGGGCGUGAUGCCCCUGAAGACUCCUCCGCACCCCGGAAAAAGCAAAGCCGAACGGCCGCCAACAGCGACGACGAAGACAUCCAAAUGGAGGACGUUGGCAGUGGUGAUGAGAGGCCGUCCAACUUCACCCACAAGCCCAAGGGCAAAUCUGUGGCACCGCGCGAGGAGAAGGAAUACCCCUCUAUUAAUGACUUGAAGAAGCGUAUCCGCGACGUGAAGCGUCUGCUCAACAAGCAGAACCUGCCGGCCGACGCUCGCAUUGUGCAGGAGCGUGCGUUGGCGGGUUAUGAGGAGGAUCUCGCCGAGGAGACGGCGCGGCGGGAACGGUCGUCGAUGAUCAGCAAAUACCACUUUGUUCGAUUCCUUGACCGCAAGACGGCGAAUAAGCAAUUAAACCGCCUCCUCCGCCACGAAAAGGACGACAAACUCGAUGCCAAGAAGAAGAAAUCCCUCGAGCGCAAGAUUCAUGCCGCACAGGUCAACCUCAACUACACGAUCUACUACCCACUCACGGAAAAAUACAUCUCACUCUACCCCAAGUCAAAGGGCAAGACCUCGGAUGACGCAGCUGCCGAGUCGGGCUCCGAGACCGAUAGCAAGAAGCAGAAGGAUCUGCCGGAAGGAGAGAAGCCGGCGCUCUGGUCUGUUGUUGAGAAAUGCAUGAAGGAGAAGACGCUCGACUCUCUCCGCGAAGGCAAACUGAACAUUGGAGCCGAUGGCAAGCCGGUCGCUAAGCUCAUCGCUAAGCCGGCCCCCGCCCCGGCCAAGAAAUCUACUUCGGGCGCAGAUAACAAGAAAACGAAGAAGAAGGAGACGAAGCAAGAGCCGAAGAAAGAAGAGCCCGAGCCGGAGUUCGCUUCGAGGAGGGAACGACGGGCCUACAAGCGUGACCAGCUGGGUCAACGCGAACACCAGCGGGGACAAGGCAAGACUUACCAUGCGCCUGCGCCUGCUGCUGAUGGCAACGAGAGUGAUGGUGGUUUCUUCGAGUAA